AUGGCGGCGGCCGUGAGUGCACCGAACCCCACAUCGAGCGCGCCUGUCAGGUCAGCGCGACCACCACCCGGCCCAGCACCCCCCGCUCCAGCAGCCGCGCCACCUGGGCCACCAAACCACACCCACACCUCCCAUGCCCCACCCCCGAAUCUCGCAAACGGCACAAACGCGCAUACCCAUUCCCACACCCACAAUCACAAUCAUACACACACGACCGUCAACGGGGCCCACCCGCAGACACAGAAGGGCAAGAAGAAAGCCAAUGACGCACCCGUCGAUCCUGCUACAAUGUAUGAAACUUUGAAGAAUAGGAUUGCCGCGCUUGAAGAGGAGGAAGUCCUGGAAGAGGAGGAGGAACGUCGUUUCGCGGAAGAAGCCCAGAAGUCGGUGAAAGGGAUGGGAGAAAAUGCCAUCCACGCCAAAUACAUAGAGCUGUUUGCAGAACUGAAGCGGGUUGAACGGGAUCACGCUAAAGAGAAGCAGAAGCUAGUUAAAGACAAGGACACAGCCAAAGGGCAGUUGACCAAGGCCAACCAGACAAAGGCCAAGAUCGAGAACUUGGCCCGGGAGCUCCAGAAGGACAACAAGCGUCUGCGAGAAGAUACAAAGCGAAUGUCCCAAUGUGUCGAGGAUGCACAGGAAGAGCUCAUGCAGAUGAAGAACGACCUGAGCAGACGCGCGGACAAAGCGAAGCAGCAGGAUGACAAAUUCCGCGAGAGCCCCGACAUCGUCGUCAAAGUCGUGUGCCGAUACCGCGCGGAGCUCUUCUUCAAGAUCGGGCGCAAGGCGAGGCUGUCGAGGCUGUUCGGGGCGUGGACGGAGCGGAUGGAGAAAACGGGCGGGAAGAUGGGGCCUUUGACGAAUGGAAGCGGGAGCGGGAGUGAGAACGGCGGUGCGGACGGGGGAGCGCAUGUAUCCUCGGGACAGGCGAAUGGGAACGGGAACGUAAAUGGGAACGGGAGCGCGAAGGGCGAGCCGGGUAUGCAGUUCAUCUUCAGCCAUAAUGGGCGGUCGGUGGAGGCGGACCAGACGCCUGAAGAUAUCGCGAUGGAGGAUGGGGAUGAGAUCUUAGCCGUUGAGCUCAUGGACCUCACCGUGGGCCCGGGACUCGAUGAAUGGGACGGAUUCAGCGAGCCGGCGCGACAGACUCUGAAGAAGAAUUGGAGUGAGAAUCCCCAGGAGGCUCGACGCACACUAGAAGAGAUCUUCGACGGAGUCACUCGAGACCGCAUCAAAGAAGUACUCCGGCAGUACGAACUUCGAGAACGACAUUUCGAAUGCGUCAUCCGUUCGAAAGAGCUAGAAGUCCUCCUGUCCCGCGCAAGAGCCACAGAGCAACGAGCGUUAGCAGAAGGGGAGAAAGCUCGAGCUGACAAACAUGAAGAAGAGAUACAGCGGUUAAAGAAGGAGCUGCAAACCGUACAGAAUGAGCAAACGAAACUCAUUGACAAGCUAAUAAUAUGCUGUAAAGAGCCUUCAUCAGAGCGAUCGCAGCGGCUGUUUGCGUCUCUCAGAGAAGAGCUAGAGAAAAAAGGAGGGACGAAGUUACCCAAUGGCACCGUUGGUAGUUGA